GAAUUAUCCUUCUCGAGCUUGCUAUCCAGUUUGAGAGUUCAGGUGGUGGUUUAAGGAUGCCAACCAAAAUGUCUUUGGGAAAUGAUUUUUGGAGGAAAUCCCCUAAGGGCCAGCUUUCAAUAUUGCAAGAAAAAAUAGACCAUUUAGAACGCUUAUUGGCAGAAAAUAAUGAGAUUAUUUCAAACAUACGAGAUUCUGUGAUUAAUCUGAGUGAAUCAGUAAAGGAUGGUCAAAGAAAUCCUGAGGCUAUAAACUUCAGUCAAGGAUCUCUGUCUGAGCUCCUUCCUUCCACUUCAGUUUUGCUUGCAGUUGAUUCCGAGGAUUGUUUGUUUGCUUCAAAAAGUAGAAGUCAAGUUUCAGGAGUACAGAUGUUGGAUGUCUAUGACAUUCUUCCUUUCGAUAAUCCAGAUGGUGGUGUUUGGAAACAAGGAUUUGAUAUCACAUACAAUGAAAAUGAAUGGGACAGUGAACCGCUUCAAGUUUUUGUUGUGCCUCACUCGCAUAAUGACCCAGGUUGGUUGAAGACUUUUGAUGACUACUUCAGAGAUCAGACACAACAUAUCUUAAAUAACAUGGUUAUAAAACUGCAGGAAGACAACCGAAGAAAAUUUAUGUGGUCUGAGAUUUCUUACUUUUCAAAAUGGUGGGAUGGAAUAGAUAACCAAAAAAAGGAUGCUGUUAAAAGGUUAAUAAAAGAUGGGCAAUUUGAAAUAGUAACAGGAGGAUGGGUUAUGCCUGAUGAAGCCUCUGCUCACUACUUUGCUUUAAUUGACCAACUGAUAGAAGGACAUCAGUGGCUAGAAAGGAACCUGGGAGUAAAACCAAAGUCUGGUUGGGCUGUUGAUCCCUUUGGGCAUUCACCGACAAUGGCCUACCUUCUGAAACGCACGGGAUUUUCCAACAUGCUUAUACAGAGAGUUCACUACUCAAUUAAAAAACACUUUGCAACACAGAAGACACUAGAAUUUUUUUGGAGACAGAACUGGGAUUUGGGAUCCAGUACAGAUAUCCUUUGUCAUAUGAUGCCUUUCUAUAGCUAUGAUGUUCCUCAUACUUGUGGUCCAGAUCCAAAAAUCUGUUGCCAAUUUGAUUUUAAACGUCUUCCUGGAGGAAGAGUAAGUUGCCCGUGGAGAGUUCCCCCAGAGGCCAUUCAUGCUGGGAAUGUUCAACACAGGGCUUGGAUGAUUUUAGAUCAAUACAGAAAGAAGUCAAAGCUUUUCCGUACUAAAGUUCUGUUGGCUCCACUAGGGGAUGAUUUCCGCUAUGCUGAGAGCUCAGAAUGGGAUCAGCAGUACCAGAAUUAUCAGAAGCUGUUUGAUUAUAUGAACUCUCAUCCUGAGUUGCAUGUUAAGGCUCAGUUUGGAACUUUGUCAGACUACUUUGAAGCUUUGCGCAAAGAAAGCAAUUUGGGUGAAAAGAGCAGCAAUUCAUUUUUCCCUGUUUUAAGUGGAGACUUUUUCACGUAUGCAGACAGAGAUCAUCAUUACUGGAGUGGAUACUUUACAUCACGACCAUUCUAUAAGCGACUAGAUAGGGUUCUGGAGUCCUACCUGAGGGCAGCUGAGAUCCUUUACUCCUUGGCUUUGGUACAGUCCAGUAAAUCUGACAAGAUGAGUGUAUUUCCUUCAGUAGAUCACUAUAAAUUGCUGACAGAGGCUAGGAGGAACCUUGGACUCUUUCAGCAUCAUGAUGCCAUUACAGGAACAUCUAAGGAUUGGGUAGUUGUGGAUUAUGGCACAAGGCUUUUCCAUUCUCUAAUGAACUUGAAGAAAGUGAUAACUGACUCUGCUCAUAUUCUUAUCCUAAAGCACAAAGAUGCUUACAAUUACGAUGCAUCAACUCCGUUCCUUAAGAUGGAUGAUGUUCAGUCCUCACAAGAUUCUCUGCCACGCAAGACGGUUAUAAAGCUGACUUCGCAACCGAGGUACCUUCUGAUAUAUAAUCCUAUGGAACAAGAGCGAUUUUCAGUGGUUUCAGUCAAUGUGAAUUCACCCAGAGUUAAAUUAUUAUCUCCUUUGGGAAAACCUGUUGCUGUCCAGAUUAGUGCCGUUUGGGAUGGAGCAAAUACAGUGUCACAUGAAGCAUAUCAGAUCUCUUUCUUGGCACAUCUACCACCUUUGGGGCUUGGAGUUUACCAGCUUUUGGAGAUUCAGAGUUCAGAAACAGAUUUGGCUGAUUAUACUAUAUAUAUGAGUGGAAGGAAUAAUAUGCAGGUGAAGCCAGACAGGAUUUUCACAAUAAAAGAGAUGCAGAAUUCUGUGGAUAAUAUAAUUUUAGAGAACGCUUAUAUGAAACUGUGGUUCUCUGGAAUGUCUGGACUACUGGAGAAAAUAAAUACAAAAGAAGAUGGUAAAAACCAUCAAAUGAAGGUGGAGUUUGCAUGGUACGGAACUACAAGUAACCGGGAUAAGAGCGGCGCUUAUCUCUUCUUGCCUGAUGGAGAUGCCAAGCCUUAUGUUUUUACAGAUCCACCUCCCGUAAGAGUCACUCACGGAAGGAUUUUCUCAGAAGUUGUAUGUUUUUUCCCCCAUGUGACACAUACUAUGCGACUCUAUAAAGUCCAGGGUUUGGAAGGCCAGUCUCUUGAGGUUUCCAAUAUCGUGGAUAUUAGAGGAGAAUAUAAUCGUGAACUUGCAAUGAGAAUUUCUUCUGACGUAAACAGUCAAAAUAGAUUCUAUACUGAUCUUAACGGAUAUCAGAUUCAACCUAGACUGACGAUGAGCAAAUUGCCUCUUCAAGCAAAUAUCUAUCCUAUGACUACAAUGGCUUAUAUCCAAGAUGUUGGCAUUCGUUUGACACUUCAUUCAGCUCAGUCUCUAGGUGUUGCAAGCUUGAAAAAUGGUCAGUUGGAAGUGAUCAUGGAUCGCCGACUUAUGCAGGAUGACAACCGUGGCCUUGGACAAGGUGUCCAAGAUAACAAGAUUACAGCUAAUAUCUUCCGACUUCUGCUGGAAAGAAGACAUGGAACAGAUGUGAAUGAAGACAAGUCCUCAGUCAGUUUUCCCUCACUCCUUAGUCAUAUAACUUCUGCUUUCAUAAAUCAUCCUGUAAUUCCAAUGACAAUUUAUGCAGAUUCAGGUGUCCCUGAGAUGUUAAAUACUUUCUCUCCGCUCAUGUCAUCCAUGCCUUGUGACAUGCACGUAGUUAAUCUGAGGACAAUCCAAUCAAAGGCAGAUUUUGAGCCAUCUGAUGAAGCUGCUCUGAUCCUUCACAGGAAGGGUUUUGAUUGUAGAUUUUCAAACAGAGACGUGGGUCUAUUCUGUUCUACUACUCAGGGAAAGAUAAAGGUGCAUAAACUCUUUAAUACAUUCAUUUUGGAAAGUUUUACACCCACAUCUUUAUCUUUGAUGCAUUCACCUCCAGAUGCCAGAAACAUAAGUGAAAUAAAUAUGAGUUCUAUGGAGAUAAAUACGUUCCGGAUUCGGCUAAGAUGAAAUCUGACUUUAAUACUCAGAGAAGAGGAAUCUGCAAUUGUAUCUCUUCCAAGUUUGACGUGCAAUAAGAAGCACAUUAUUAUUAUUCCAGCUUCUGGAUACUGUGAGAAGAAACAUGCAUUCUGUAGGUUUUUUUUGACCAACACAGUGAAAAGCCAUGUUGUAAGCAAUUUUCUUGGGUUUUUUGUUUGUUUUUUUUGUUUGUUUAUUUUUUUCGUGAAAUACCAACAUCAGUAUAAGUUAAUGCAACAAGUGAAGAAAUUUCAAAGGAUGUUAACCUCUCAACAGAUUAAAUCUCAGGUUAAAUGCUAACUAAUGGUGUAUCUGGUGUUCUUAUUUUAGUAUUCGUAGGGAGGGGUUUGGAUUUUAAACAAUCUGUUUUGCUGAUCCUUCAUAAAUUUAUGUACAAAUAAUUCAAUGUAGAAAUCCCUGAUGCAGCUUGGAAUUAAAAUGGAAUAAAAUGUUCUUGGGUAGUAGCUAAUGUCCAAAUAUUUGCAAUCAUUUGCAUAAAUGACAAUAAUUUCAAUUUAUUCCACAAUUAAUUUCAAUUUAUUCAACAGAAAAGAGAUUUUUUUGAAUUGUGGUAGAAUGAAAGCUUGCAGUCCUUGUGACAAGUGAUGGUAGAUUUUAGUACUUCUACCAUUUGCUUGAGUUAUGUAACUAGGAAAAUAUGAAUCUACAGAACAAUUUUGCAUUGAACGUGUUUAAUAAAACUCCCAUUUUGUUACUUGA